AGGAGGAGGUGGAUGAGAGCGAAGGAGGAGGAACGCUCUCCUCUGCAUACCUCCAUCACUCGCUGGCUUUUCUUCAUCAUCGCCAUCCUCGCCAUGGGGCGCCAUCAUGGCAGCUGCGCGUUCCCGCGGUGAGCUGACUUCAACUCCUCCUCUCUCCCCUUCGCCCUCCUGACGCCUCCGGUGACCUCUGACCUAGGCCCGCUAACAGCAUGGGGUGUCGCCUCACUCGCAACAAGGCUCGCCCACCUUCCCGCCACAGGCACAAGGAGGAGCAGCGCUUUGUGGACCAGUACGGCCAGCCAAUAAGCAUGCAGGUGGAAGGCAGAAGGGGGGCGGGGCACAGGAGGCGACGCGUGGAGCACAGCAGGACCCCCUCAGAGAGACACUGGGAGGCCCUGAGAGCCAUGGGACUGAUGGAGCCCGAGGAGGGCCGAGCAGAGGGCUACAACACCGGACACUUUUACGACAACAUGGCGUCCAACGUGUACGCCGCCAACAACACCGUGAUGAUGUCACCUGACACCUACCCCACCAAUGGCUACCUGUCCAGAGGCUCCAACAGCCAACACCAUCAUGGUUCCAACUACCUGCCCAGUGUCUCAUACAGUUUGGACCACCUGGAUCGUCUGGACUGUCAGGCUCCUGAAAUGUCCGCAUAUCAGCCCAACUCAGAGAGCUGUCUGCUUGGCUGCUACAACUCUGAGAAAAUGGAGCACAAGAAUUUCCCCAAGCAGUCGGACUACCGCCCUCCCUGGCAUCCUCUGGGAUACCUUCCCCUCAGCGAGUUGGACAGUGGCCUGGGAUGUGGCCCAGACAGCCCACAUCAACGGGUGGCGCUCUCCGAAGCCGAGACAGAUGCCAUGUCGUCGCUACCCGGCCACACCCCUUCCUCACAAGGCUCCUCAUCCUCCUCCGAGUCGCUCAUCUCCUCGGAACCCAGCGACUCGGGUUUCCACAGUGUCAGCACCGGAGAGCACAGGUGUUUCCAUAAGAUCCACAGACACGCCCACCAUCUGCGCUCAGGCCACUCCCCCGGAGAGCAGAAAGGACGCUGGGAUUUGGAGUCCAUCCCUGAGACCACUCCCAUAAGCCAGGCCGGGGCGCCGUCGUCAUCGCGCUGUACGGUGGGCAACAGCACCACCACCACGGUCCACUUCCACCGAGCUGAGAGGAGUCCAACUUUGCCUCGCAACCGCUCGCCACCGUCCCCCUCUGCUGGUUGCCGCACAGAGCCCUGCCAGCGCAGAGCUCUAUGGUUGGAGGAGCGGCAGGGACGAGGAGGCGGGACCAUCGAGGCGCCAGGAAGAAGUCGAACAGUAACGGAUCUAAGUGAGGCCCAACAGCGCCGCAGGGCAAGCCACCCUGUGGACAUGGAAGCAGACACGGUGAGGACGCAGGUCCACAGCAGCCAACCACGUCCGGCCAGCAACACACUGGUUCCCAGGAGCCGGGCCAGUUAUCCAAUGAAUUGUCCGCCUUCCGCUCACCUCAGCAUAGAUAGAACCAGCAUGACAGGUCACCACAACACAACCAGAACCUGCCAGAGCAUGGGCCGCAGCAGGGAGGAAGACUUGAGAAGACAUGGAAUGCUUCAUAGUGAUCCAACAGACUGGCGUGGUUUUCAGACUCUGGGGAAUCGAACCAGCAUCCAAAAAGAUUCUGCUGGUCGUUUUUACAGCACAGCGGGGGCGCACACGAGCCAUCGUUCUCCGCUCUCCCCUCGUUCCCGACAGUCCAAUCAGAAGUCAGUCAGGAAUCAGCUGCUCCGAGCCCGGGCAUACAGGCUGGCCCGGGAGCGCAGCGAGGUCACCACUGACGAAGAGAUGCGGGGCGAUACGGGGAGACCGGGGGACAACGAAGGGGAUGAUGGGCCGUGGGCUGGCCGGUACUGGAACCGGACAGAAAGGAGACGUCACCUGGCACUGUCACGGCAACACCGAGAGCGCCGUGGCGGUGAGGAGGCAGCGGGUGUAGGUCAGGGUUCACUGUCUUCUCAGAUGGUUCUUGAGCUCAGCCACAGGAAGCAGAACCGGCUAAGGAAUAGCAAGCUGCUGGAUGACUGGACCACGGUGGAGGAGCUCCUGACACACGGGACCAGAGUGGAGGCCGACACUCCGCUCUGUCCCAGCCCUCUGCUCUCAGUUACUACUGUCUGAGGGGGUGCAGCCUCACACGGCCAUGGCUACCGUUGCUCAGGCGAGCCGACAUUGACAUCAACUUCAAUACCAAAAAGUUAUUCCAGGAGUGGUCCAACCAGGCUUCUUUACUUGGUUUCGGCACCAAGUCAAAAGAAUGUUGGAGAAUCAAGCAAUACGUUCCGAGGACCAUUGGGGUUCUUUAAGAAGCUGCAGAACCAAAAUUCGAUGCUCAGAGAGUUUGCCGGCGCUGAUGAGUCUGCAAUAUUGGAGGAACACAUUCACCUCAGGUUUCUGAACGUGAAAUACCUGACUGAGCUUCUGUUCCCAUCAGAGUGAGAAGACCAUUACAGCACUUCUAAGCUCCUCUGAGGGGAGAACCUAACCUGCACUAAAAACUGGUGAUAGGGACCAGAGCAGCUGAACAUUGGUGCGCACAGCGUGAAACUGCAGAAGUCUGAAGUUCAGACCUCUUCAAAACCAGACGGACAUUGCAGUACCACCCGAGGACCAGAAGAACUUCAGCUUGCCCUCAGGUCCGUGUUGGCCCACUUUCUUCCAAAGAGUUCUGACCAACGAUCCAAUUUGAAGUUAAAACCAUCAAUCCAGCACAAUAUUGGAAUGCUAGAGAACGGCUGGCAGCAUUUGUAGGGUUUUUUUUUUUUUUUUUUACAAAGUCCCGAACAAAUGAAUAUUCCACAGAUACAAGUGUCAUUACACGAUAGGUAGAAGUCUCAGCAAGAAGGCCUGUGGAGAUGUUUAUGACGUUCUAUGUUCAUGUGUGCCACAGGAAGUCUUUGUAGAGUUUAGUCACCAAAGAUGUGUAACCUUUGUUUGUGGACAAUCUGGUAUAUUUGAUAAUUAUUUUUAUAUAUAGAGUACUGUGGUUCUUCAGUUUUCCACGCUAGGUGACGUGUUUGUUGACAUUUGUGCUGACAGUGAGCAAUAAGAGCAUGUGACCUCACAACCAUGUCAUGGCGUUAAUAAGACAUUCCAACGUGUUGCGGCGUCCGGCUUCUUCGUUUUGUGGGGAGCACCUUCAACGACACUCAGGAAACGUUCUAGAAGUCAACUUUCAGUCAAGUCCCGCUGGUGAAAGGCGUCCGUUUGCACUUCCCGGUUGCUGACUACGUCAUCAUGAAACAGGAAGUGAGGCGUCAUGUGCCUGGGAAUGGGGAAGACGUGAGCGUGCCUGUCAGUAAAGUGUGUGCGGCUCAAUCAAAAGUCAUUUUUAGUUUUUUUUUUGUUGAAACACACCUUUGCACCCUCAUACUUUCGUUAAUCUUCUCAGCUGCAGGACAUACUAAACAAUUACAUAAUGAAAUCAGGGAACAGCCUGCUAACCUGGUUCACGUUCAUGUUUUCUUUACCCUUGGCAAAGAUUUGAGUAGUUUUAGGGUACUUCUGUAGUAAGCCUGGCAACGGCGUAGGGUCACAGUUCUACAUGCUGUCGCCGUUUAUGACAAUUCGGAGGCUCAAAGGCGAUUUAGCGUGUCCACAAUGUGACAGAAACCAGCAUGCUCGUCUUUGCUUCACAUCUCUCCUGUUGCCAGGGCAACUGCUGUUUCUAGGACAACUGGGCUCUUCGCUGUCGCCAUGGCGAUGUUUGUCAAGGGCACAUUUACCGCCACUGCAAAUUUUUCCCAACAUACUUCGCUUCUGUCUGUCACGCAUGCGCCUCUGCUGGUGAACACAUGACAUGACUUGCACAGAAAGACGCAUGACACCGACCCACAUUGUCAUCACAUUGUCACAUCUUCUACCAUAUGAACAAGGAGAGCACAGACCCAGAACACGUAGGUCUUCGUACGCAGGUCACACCACAGUAUGACAGCUGGCAACACAAUGUCUCCACACAAGAUGUUCCAACCAACAAAGUGACCACAGUGUGGCGCUAGAAAUCACAGUCUUUGAAAAUAAACACACGGGGUGUACACUUCAGAUGGGUUUUCUUUGAUGCGUCUUUCAAGCCCGUCGCCGUGACAACCACAACUUCUCAAAAAGGGAGCACGGGAAUGCACAAAAUGCAGGAAAUAAAAAAACGUGGUCACGUGUGUGUUCCCUUAAAUCGAUGGUCUAUUUUCGUCCCUCACGCAGCAUGCGCAACGGUCUCCAUGGCAACCCCAUCCACCAUCGAAGCAGCAAGUUUCCUCAAGCAACACACACUAAGGAUUGACAUCAGCACAAUAUACUUCACGCAAUACAAAUACAUUUUCAUUAAAUAAUCACGUCAUGUGAUAUCUGAUACAAAAUAUUUAGCUUUACUGCAAGUUAUCUUCAAAAUAAUAUCUAUAUAUCCUCUAGCAAUAAUAAAUUAGUUAUCUUGUAAGAACACGAAUGCCCCAUUUCCAAAUGUGCAUAUAUGCGGAGCAUGGUGCCGCUACCGUGGUCAUACACGUGUACACAUGAUACGCGUGCACGGUGUUCUAGCCCUGCUCCUGA